AAAGAUGCUUCAAAGAAAAUGAAAAGUGGGCUUAUGUUUGUAAAACUGGCUAACCCCUGUUCAGGGGAAGGAGCCAUUUACUUGUUCGAUAUGUGUCUACAACAGCUGUUUGAAAUAAAAGUUUUCAAGGAAAAACACCAUUCUUGGUUCAUAAAUCAGUCGGUCCAGUCAGAGGGUCUUCUCCACUUUGCCACACCAAUGGAUCCAUUAUUUCUGGUUCUCCACUAUCUCAUAAAGGCUGGAAAAGAGGGAAAGUUCCAACCCCUAGAGCAAGUUAUGGUGGAUGAUGUAUUUCCAAAUUGCAUCUUAUUGCUGAAACUUCCUGAACUUCAGAAGUCACUUCACCACGUUACAGAGGAGAAAGAAAUAGACAGCAAAAAAUAUUACAAGUACAGCAAAGAGAAGACACUGAAGUGGCUGGAAAAAAAGGUGAAUCAGACGAUGGCAGCUUUGAAAGCCAAUAAAGUCACUGUCGGAGCCCGGGUACAGUCCAGCAUGUAUUUCUCAGGGAACCAGUUCUCCAACGACACAGAAGAGGAUUAUAUUCGUUAUGCCCAUGGUCUAAUAUCGGAUUAUAUUCCUAAAGAACUAAGUGAUGAUUUAUCUAAAUACUUAAAGCUCCCAGAACCUUCAGCUCCAUUGCCAAACCCUUCAGCAAAGAGAAUAAAGUUGUCUGAUGAGCCCGUCGAAGCAAAAGAAGACUACACUAAGUUUAACUCUAAAGACUUGAAGACUGGAAAGAAAAAUGCUAAAAUGACCGCAGCUCAGAAGGCUUUGGCUAAAGUUGACAAGAGUGGAAUGAAAAGUAUUGAUAGCUUUUUUGGUGCAAAAAGUAAGAAAAAGACUUGA